GACACUAAGAUAUUGCCUCAUCAUAGAGAAUACACAACGAACCUUACCGUGUACACAAACAAACGAGUGUUUGGUUUAUUAAGCUGAGGGGCAGCGGAAGCGGAGCAUGACCGUGUCGGCAUAACACCGAACCGGCGAACCAUGACCUCAAACUCAAAACCCUUCUCCGUUCCGUAUACUUCUCUACCUUCCCACCCCGACCCGGUUCCCCAAAACGUCAUCGUUCUGUCUUGGUACCACCCACCUCCCAACCCAUCACUCGUCUUCCUCCGCCGCUGCAUCUUCUUCACUUUUGCCAUCUUCCUCCUUUCUGCUGCUGCUUUCUUUCUCUACCCCUCCGACCCUACUCUCCAAGUCGCCCGAAUUCGACUCAAUCACGUACGUGUUAACUCGCCCCCUAAACUCACUCUCGACCUCUCCUUCUCUCUUGUCAUCAGGAUUCGAAACAGAGACUUCUUUUCCUUAGACUAUAGUUCCCUCGAUGUUUCGGUUGGGUACAGAGGAAGAGAGCUGGGGCUUGUGCGUUCUCAGGGAGGGAAAAUUAGGGCGAGAGGAUACUCGUACGUGAAUGCCUUUCUUGAUUUGAAUGGUCUUGAGAUUAUACACGAUGUGUUUUACUUGAUUGAGGAUUUGGCUAGGGGUGUUAUUCCCUUUGAUACCAGUACCAAGGUCCAUGGAGAGCUUGGGCUCUUGUUUUUCAAAAUUCCCAUCAAGGCAAGAGUAUCAUGUGAAGUGUACGUGAAUACUGACAACCAGACUAUUGUCCGUCAAGACUGUUAUCCUGAGUGAUAUGGGGGCCAUCAUCAUUAACCUAGGACACUGGCAGAUUGUCUUGAAGUGGAAGGAGAUAUAGCUGGGUGCUGGAGGUAAAAAUUUUGAGGUUUCCGGUAGCCUUUUUAGUAACCAUACUAGUUUUUUUUUUUCCUCAAUAACUAUACUAGUUGGUCUAUCCUUUGAUUGGCUGUCCUAUCAGUGAAAAGGAUUCAUUUACCAGGGAAUUACAGUAUAUAUGAAUUUAAACCCAUCUUGUAUGAAACUUGUUGAAUUAUAUUCAUUUGGAGUUUGUUGCUUCUGUA